AUGUGGCUCACUGUGCACUGGUUAGUCACCCGCCUCCCUGACCGCCUUGCCACUGCCCGCGACGCGCUUCUUCAGAAGCACCCCACUGAACUCACUAUAUACCUCCUUCAGACUGCUCUCGGGACCAUCGAGAGCAGCCUCCUCACCGUUGCCUCCGCCACUGAUGCGGUGGCCCCCCGUCUCUUUGCGGGGUGUGCCGCCCCUCAGCUUCCCACUUUCACCACUACCCGCGCUUCUGUUGCUGUGUCGGUCUCUGAGGACACCGCUGCCAUUUCUGCCGCAGACUGGCAGAAACGGGGCAAGAGUGGCAAGAAGGGCGGGAAGGGGGGAGGUGGGGGCGGAGGAGGUGGCGGUGGAGGGGGCGGUGGAGGUGGGAGCGGCGGUGGUGGUGGAGGCGGCGGCGGCGGCGGCGGUGGUGCACCAGGGGGAGGGGGCCUUGGAGGAGGCGCAGGACAGACAGGUCCACCCACAGGUGGUGGCCCGACCGGUGGGGGUGCUGCCCCCCAGCAGCAGCAGCCACAGCAGCACCAGCCACAGCAGGGACAGCAGCAGCAGCAGGGACAGCAGCACCAGCAGGCGCCGCAGCAUGGGGUCCGGGAGGCCCUGGGAGCACCGGCCGCAGCAGCAGCUCUUCCAGCUGGGCCCCUCGCCCCCCUCGUCGUGACGCUGGCCCGUGCACCCACUGGUGCCUCACCGGGCCAGGCAGCCCCUGUCUCUGUGGUCGCGGCGACCACUCUGCCGCGCGGUGCUUCCGCCGCCUCGACGACCUCUACCGGGCUCGUUGGGGACCUCUGGCGGUCACUCCUCGCUGGUCUCGUCUGUGACCCUCCGGCUGAGGCCUCUCUGUCGUUCACCCUGGACUCGGGCGCGUCUCAGUGCUUCUUCCGCGACCACACGACCCUUACGCCACUCCUCACUCCUGUGUCAGUGGCUCUGGCUGAUCCUACCUCUGGACCAGCCGUUGCGCGUAGCUCCACCACCCUCCCGUGCCAUGUGGUCCCCUCUGGUGUCCUACGCGGCCUCCACAUCCCCUCGUUCACUCGGAACUUGGUGGGUGUUGGAUACCUCCAGGACAGGGGGAUCACGGUUACCUUCGUGGGGGGUGGGCGGACUGCAGUCUGUACAGACGCUACCACAGGUGCUGUUCUGGCCACGUUCACCAGGGAGCCCCGCUCCGGUCUCUACGUUCUCCACACCGAGCGCUCCCCGGUCGCGUCCUCCCCUCAGGUCGUUGCGUCCCCUCCGGCCCAGGUCCCCAGUCCAGUUGAUGUGUCUAGCCAGGUAGUCGUGUCCGGUCCUGGCGCUGUGUCCAGUCCAGUCGCUGCGUCUUGCUCCUGUCGCUCUCUCACCCACCGCACCGUCCUGUGGCACCACCGCCUUGGCCACCCGUCGAUCCCUCGCCUUCGUGGCAUGCUCGGUCAGGGACUUGUCACAGGUCUCCCACGCACCUUCCCGUCGCUCCCUCCCUCGCUUGCCCCUCCUUGCUCUCCGUGCGUCGCCGGUCGCUUACGCGCCACUCCCCACUCCUCCUCCCUUCGUCCGGCCACCGCUCCCUUCGAGACUCUCCACUUGGACGUCUGGGGCCCUGCCCCGACGCAGGGGUGUGGGAGGGAGCGUUACUUUCUGGUGGUCGUCGACGACUUCUCCAGGUACACCACCGUGUUCCCUCUUGCGAAGAAGUCCGAGGUGACUGCUACGCUGAUCAGGUGGCUUCUAGCCACUGAGGGCACUCGUGGUCGUCGAGUCAGUUGUCUCCAAUCCGACCGUGGGGGCGAGUUUCGCUCCGGCAUGCUCGGCGGAUUCUGCGGCGAACAGGGCAUCACCCAGUCCUGGACGCUGCCAGAGUCCCCACAGCAGAAUGGGGUUGCUGAGCGCCGCAUAGGCUUGGUCAUGGACAUCGCCCGCACGUCCAUGAUCCAUGCCCGUGCGCCCCAUUUUCUGUGGCCCCACGCGGUUCGCUACGCCGCACACCAGCUGAACCUCCAGCCGCGUGUCUCGCGGCCCGAGGCUUCACUGACCAGUCUUUGGACUGGUUCCCCUGGUGUCGGGUCGGCCUUUCGAGUCUGGGGCUGCCUUGCGCUUGUUCGCGACACCUCCGCGGACAAGCUCUCGGCACGCGCCGUCCCCUGUGUCUUCCUUGGUUUCCCAGUGGACUCUGCCGACUGGUCCUUUUACCACCCGCCCCUCCACCAGUUCCUAGACUCCCGUGACGUCCGGUUUGACGAGUCUGUGUCCUACUACACCCGGUACCCCUGUCGAGGUCUCCCGGUACCCCCUCCCCCCCUUUUCCUAGCACCCUCUCCUCCUCCUGCUCCUGCUCCUCCGGUACCCCCGCCCCCCCCUGGUCCUGCCCCGUCUGGUGUGUCCCACGCUACCCCUCUACCCUCGGUCAUGCGUCAGGUAGUGUCUCCCUCCCCGCAGUCCUCCUCACAGUCCCCUCAGCAGCCUUCGGCACUUCCGCGACAGGUUACUGUGGACUCGGUUGGUGUUGGAGCUGGAGGUGCGGCCGCUGGCGGUGCUCGGUCUUGGGGUGCUCGGUCGCGGGGUGCUGGAGCUGGAGGUGCUGGCGCAGGUGGCGCUAGCUCUGGGGGCGCUGGAGCUGGAGGUGCUGGCACUGGAGGUGCUAGUUCUGGGGGUGCUGGAGUUGGAGGUGCUGGCACUGGCGGUGCUGGUUCUGGGGGUGCUGGAGUUGGAGGUGCUGGCACUGGCGGUGCUAGUUCUGGGGGUGCUGAGUCUGAGGAGACUGACGCUGGAGACCCUGGUUCUGCGGAGUCCACUCCGCCUCCCCACCGCCACGACACGCGUCUCCAGGCUGCCCGUCGGCGUGAGCGUGAGGAGUAG